GUUGAUGACGUGCAGUGCGCAGACUCGUGACCUUUGCCCGGCACCGGCCGGAAGUAGCUGAAGACCUGCUGAAAAAACCUGCCGGGUUUGGUCCAGAAAAGAUCGUCAAAAUCACGGUUUGUCUGAGGAAGAUACAAGCCCGGGCAGUAUGAAGAGGAAACAUCCAGACCCAGAUGGUGACAUCAUCACUCCAUCCUCCAGCGGGUUCAACCAAGAUGUGGAGGGGUGUCCGUAUCCUCUCUACUCUAUCAAGAGGGCAGGGCCUUACUUGUUAGGUCCUAGACUUGGAAACUCUCCAGUACAGAGCAUUGUGCAGUGCUUAGCAAGGAAGGAAGCAACUGAUGACUUUUACUCAAUUAAGAUCCUGACCCUGGAGGAUGGCAGGAGAGAGACCCAGGAUGACAAGCAGGGGAAGAUGUUACUCCACACCGAGUACUCCCUACUGUCCCUGCUGCAUGAUCAGGAGGGAGUUGUGCAUCAUCAUGGACUCUUCAUGGACAAAGCAUGGGAGCCGCCCACAGAUGCCUCCACCAAGCAGCUCGCAGACCGACCCGGCAGGAUCAGGAACCGGUUGUGUCUGGUUCUGGACUGCCUGUGUGCUCACGACUUCAGCGACCAGACGGCAGACCUCAUCAACCUGCAACAUUACGUCAUCAAGGAGAAGAAACUGUCCGAGAAGGAAACCAUUGUGAUCUUUUAUGACGUAGUCAGAAUUGUGGAUGCACUACACAAGAAAAAUAUUGUUCACAGAGACUUAAAACUGGGCAAUAUGGUUCUUAAUAAAAGAACCAGAAGGGUGACCAUCACUAACUUCUGUCUGGGGAAACAUCUGGUGUGUGAGACAGACCUGCUGAAGGACCAGCGUGGGAGUCCUGCCUAUAUCAGCCCUGAUGUUCUCAGUGGCCGACCGUACCUGGGCAAGCCCAGUGACAUGUGGGCGCUGGGUGUGGUGCUAUUCACCAUGCUGUAUGGACAGUUCCCCUUCUACGACAGUGUUCCUCAGGAACUCUUCAGGAAAAUCAAAGCUGCAGAGUAUAAUGUACCCAACGAUGGCCGAGUGUCGGACGCCAUCUCAACCCUGAUCCAGAAGCUGCUGGUACUGGACGCUGACACCAGACUGACCGCAGCACAAGUUCUGGACUACCUCAGUACAACCAUAGCCACAUGGCAGUCUAUGUCAGCCAUCACAGGCCCUCUCCAGGUGGUACCGGACAUUGAUGACCAGCGGGAGGGAAAAAACCUCAACACUGACAAGAAAACCUGGGACUUGGAUCAACCUGGACAGUCUCAGGCCGGUGACUUUGAGGCUAAGAUGCAGCACGCUCACGAGGAGUACCUCCUGAAGGGAGACCAGAGGAAGAUCCUGCAGCCUCGGAGACGUCUGGCCAGCCAGCCUGUACCGGUCAGGCGGCUCAGUCAGGACGCUCGGCCUCUGACCCCUGCACAAGUACAGGCCUUCAGACAUCUUCUGCAGCCGAGCCAACAGUAGUUAACUCACACCCCGGCUAGUUUGUACUAUCAAUUCAGCUAUCUUAAAAAAAAAACGAGACAAUACUUUUACAGUAUCACCUCACAAUAAUGUCUGAGGAGUUUUGUGCAUUUUUCUUGGGAAUCAAGUUGUAUAGUGUCAUCCUUGUUUUGAAUAGUCUUGUUCUGAAUAGUCUUGUCCAGGUAGUGCUCCCAUUUUGUCCUCCCAAGUUUUACUAAAUCAGAAAUCUGUGCCUCCAUUCAAUAAGUGAUGCUAGAUAGGUUUGCAGAAUUUGAAAUUCUUGGAUUUUUUUGUGUUGUAUUAAAUGUGCACAAAAGAUUAUGGUCGUAAUUGGUGUUUCAUAGUUACCGCAAGUGUAAUGCAAUGUGUAUCUUUGUACAGUCUUGCACAGAUGAAAGAUACGGAAUAUUUCAGAAGUAAGGCACUGUAAGACGAUGGUAUGGAACUUCUCUAAAAGCAAUCAUCGUAACUGUAAGCCCUUUUCAGGGUCACACAGGAAAAUGUCAUGCUGCAUGUAUAUGUGUAAGAUAAUAGUAUUUUAAUGUAUGAAUUAUGAUAAAGAGUUAUAUGUGUGCAAAUCAUGGUGCUGCUGUAUACAGAUCUUUGUAGUAAAUUAAAAGUGUAUUGUUGCAUGAUUUGCAGAAAAAUAUGAAUUAAUGUACAGCACAAGUGUGUAAUCUAAAUAUCACUGUAACAAAAAAAGAUGAGAAUUAUCAAUAUAAUCAAUAUUUGGUGUCCUGAAUACAUGAAAAUAUGUAACUUAUAAAUCAAUCUGUAACAAAUUUCUAGCAUCUCCUAGUAUUUGACUCUACAUUGUACGUUUGACUGGAAUUGUAGCUAACUUAUUAUGAUGAGGUACUUGUCAUGUGUCAGCAGCAGUUUUGCAACAUCCAGUGUCUGCCUUAGUAGUAUUCCCCAUACCUACUGUAUGGAAUAGGUGACCUGUGGAACUGAAGUUACUGGAUAUUUGAUUGUACAACACCUGUGUGUCUGAAAUAAAAGUCUAUAUUUGUAUA